AUUUUCUUAAAUCUCUGAAAACAAGAUGUCGAUCAAACUAAUCUGUAAAGAUGGAGAAAUCAUGGCAGAUGAGAGACUAGCCACAGUCUCUAAGAAAGUUUCACUUUCUGAUGGGGAGGUUGAACUAAAGACAGCUGAUUUGGAGAAUAUGAAGUGGAUCUUAGAGUACUUUGACAGACGUCAGUAUGAGCUCCCGGAUGUACUGGAGAAACCUCUUAGAAGUAAUAUGAUUAAUGAUCUUUAUGAUGACGAAGAAGAUCAAAUCCAGUUCUUACCUCUACAUGUUAAAAGAGACAUCCUUAAUAUCUUUGACGAGCUUGAAAUUUGGAACUGCGUUGAACUCUUUUGAGCAGCCAUUGCAUCAGACUUUAGAAGGAAAGACCUAGCUGAUAUCAGAGAGGAGUAUGGCCAGUAUUCGACCAGAGAGUUUGAUUACUCUUUUAGAAGAGAGGAUGAGGAUAGAAUAAAGACGGAAUUCCCUUGGAUUCUUGAAAGCCACAACGUAAAAUAUGAUCAAGUUGCCAAGAAAAUUUAGCUAAAUAUUUUCAACAUUGGCUUAA